GCUUGGUAAGGGGUAUAUUUAAUCGUUACAGGUCUACAAUGGGAAGGAAUGUGCGAAAUAUUUUCUUACCUGUUCAAGAGUUCACCUGGGACGCGUAAGCCAAUCAAAGAAGCGAUUUCGUACCACGUGAUUCACCUGAAUAGGACUUGUCAUAUCGGAGAAAAGGUGUACGUACAAGGCAGUGUUUAAACAUCGAUCGAUACGGAGAUCUAUAAUUUCUUGGUGGAAACUAUAAAGUGUGUCAUUUCAAUGGUGUCGUUAUAAAAGUCAUGGAUUACUUUACACCCAAAACGUGUCGUGUGUUAGAAGAAACAAAUAUCUAAAAAUUAUAAAAAGACAUUCUAGGACAACACGGAAAUAAAAUACAGAAGGUAGAAAUGAACUGAAACGAUUCUUGAUUGAAAUUUUUGUCCAGCAAAAUGAGUCUGUUCGGUUGGAGAAAGAAUUUGUCUAUUAGUGACAAGGAACCCACGUAUAAAGUUCGUUACCUUGGAAAUGUUCAGACGACGUUAAUGCGAGGUGAUGGUUGUGUGGAUAAACCCGUAACUGUGAUUUGGAAUAACUAUGUUCGUAGUUCACAUCCAGGAUUAGAAAUGAAACUUACAAUUUCCAGUUCCGGUCUGCGUGCACACACGAAGGAACAAGGAGUGACUGAAUAUAGAGCUCAUAGGAUAUCGUACUGCAUAGCUCACCCUAAAUACCCCAGACUCUUUGUCUGGGUGUAUCGACAUGAGGGCAAGAAAAUGAAACUCGAACUCCGUUGUCAUGCAGUGUUGUGCAAAACAGAGGCAAAAGCCAAAGCAAUGGCUGUACAACUACAUGAAAAACUAAAAUUUGCCCUCAAAGAGUUUAUGCGAGAAAAGACGAGAAAACAAAAUUCCCGCUUAGUGUUACAAAGAACAAACUCCGUACCCCAAUCAGGGGAAGUCUUGCCUAAGAGGAUUCAGAUUUUGAGCGCAGGCAAAAACUUUAAACCGCCCAUUUCAAAAUCAAAUACGGCUCCAAGACUAGGUGCAAUAAGCGAAGACACGGAACAGGACGAAGCGUUAGAGGAAGAAAGCAGCAGUGACAUCGACGAAAGUGACGAUGAAAAAUCGGAAUCGGACACUGUUAAAGCCCUGAAUCUUACAAAGGGACCCGAUGCUGUGAGUUCGUGCGAAUCCGAUUACGACGGAUUGGAAAUGUUGGUUCCGCGUAUUAUAGACCUAGAGAUAGGAAACAAUCUGGAAGAGUUGAAAAAUGACAAUGAUGUGCAGUACUGUUUGAUGAAUGGGGAUUCCGACGAUGAAAGUUCGGAAUCGGGAUUUCAUGAACAGGAUCAGGAUUCUAAGGACGGUCUUAAUGUUCAUGACGACACAAGUAUCGGAGAAGAGGAAGUAUGCGAUUUUCCUUCCGGUCUGGAGAAUCUGGUUGCCGAGGCAACGGAAGUGACUUCUCUUUGAUAUUUUGGAGAUUUUAUCAUCAGUGCUGAGAGACAUUCAGAUUAUGACUGAAUUAUUAAAGCGACACCGCACCGUACCAAGUGUGAAAGAAAGAGUUUCGUUGACGUUGACUUCCGGGAACGAAAUGUUCCAACAUGGAUCUGAAAUCACCAUUUGUUAUGUUAUAUUUUAGAUUAAUAUUCAUUAUAUGUUGAAUUUUUCACUUUAUUAUUGUUUUUUUUUCUUUUUUUCAUAUUAUUAACCCAAAUAUGGUUGUGUAUGUAUUCAAUGAAGAAGUCUUUCAUAUUUUAGCAGUAUCAUUUUGUAAUGUAUAAAAGAGAGAAUUUAUCAUCAAAGAAACUUUAUAGGUUCACUAUUGUAUGGAAUAGAAUGAUAAAUGUCAAUGUAACCAUACCAGAAAAUAUUUCAAGACUUAAAAUAUUCAUCCUAUCACAUUUGUAAACAUGACUUGUAUUCAUUUUAAGCUUUUAAUAUUAAUUUAAUUCACUUACUUACAGUAAUUAUAUAUAUUAGUAUUAUUUUUGAUCACGGGUUUUUGAAUUGUAAAACAAUAUUUAAAUUACUUUUUAACUUGCCUAAUUGCUCUUUUUUCCCUGUGUCUGUACGUAUACUAGAAUUUAAAGACAAUCAUUUCACUUUCUUUCUCUACUUGUUAAAAAACACACACACAAAAUACUAAAUUGUGCUCAUGAUACAAAGAAUAAGAAACUUCAUGUAUCUAAAUGUGGGGAAAGAGAAAAAGAAAAUUUAAUGCAAAUGAAUACUUUGAAUGUUUGAAUUUUAAAACAGCUAAAGUUUAUCCGAGUGACUCAGUAACUGUCUAAAAUUCUCUUGAUCUCUUUCACUUAAAUGUUUGCAUGUCUCAUCAUCCGGUGCAGUUCUGUGUUUGAACCCGAAUAAGAUAAAGAUAUUUUUAGACCAAUAUGGACUACUUUUGCUCCCCUCAUAAACCGUCUAUCUAUGGCUCUGAUGUGGACAUUGUGAUAAAACUUUUACCCCGGGAUCUCUCUUCCAAGUCGUAAAUACCAAACUUGACCAGAUCGUACAGAAAUUCCGUAAUCACUGAUAGAACGAUCUUCAUUUAAGUAAACACUCAUUGGGAUUAUGAAGUGUGUUAACAUUUUAAUUUUGUCUCGAAGAGGAAGUAUAGUAUAGAUAUCAGAAAGAGGGGGGUGGAUUUAUUUUUUCAAUUUUUAUUUUCGCUCAAUUUGGUUGUUUUUAGAAAUUAAUAAGAUGUAUUGAAAAAAAAAUGACGCGGUUCUUUUUAAGCAGAGUUGAUGGAAAUAAAAUAUGUAAUUACAAAUGGAAAAGUAUUUUAUCAUUUCAAGUAAAUGGCACAUAUUUUAGUUUCCGUUAUACAUUAUUUGAUUGGAAAAUCAAUGUUUACUGAACAAAAUAUACUAAAGUACAUUUCAACCCCACGUAGUUAUAACAUGUACAUGGAUACUCGUAAAAACAUAUAAGUAGGAUUUUUUUCCGUAUGUUCUGAUGAUGUAACAGGAUUUUUACCUAGACAUCUUUAAAUAAGGAUGUCAGAGAUAUAACAGAAAUCAUAUGGAUUUGACUUACAGAUAAAAGUGCUCAUGUUAUAUUUGUAGCCAUUUUGAUGACGUCACUUCUUUCGCUCAAACCAUUGUCGUAAAUGUUUCGAUGCAAUUAAAUUCUAUUUUUGGGUACUGUUGUACUGAAAUAUUGUAGAUCUUUAAAACCAAUAUCAUUGUAUAUGAAGUGAAGUUGUUAAGUUUCUUAAACAUAUGUAUAUUUUUAUACCGAUUUGACAGUCUUUCCAUAAAAUGUACCAUUAGUGAGGGUGCAGAUUGGGAUUAAUUCGUCCUUUUGAACAUAUGUGGGACAAAAAAUCAUGAUAUUACUAUUUGGCAGUGAAGUUCAAUGAACUGUCUGUACCUUAUAUCUAUUCAAAUCUAUUUAUUAAUCAAGAUUAUAUCAUUAUGGUUUUAACAAUAAACAGUCUGAAUAAAAUUUUA